AUGUGCUCCUUCCGUCUGCUCCUCGCCGCCGCCGCCACGUGCGCCCUGAUCCCGUCGUCGUUCGGGCAAACGUGUACACCCCUCGCGUCAUCUGGACCCUGCAUCACCGGCACCCUGGGAGGCGCGUGCGAUAUCGGUACCGGCACCUGCGUGAACAGCGAUGCCGGGCUUAUCUGCUGCCCGCCCGGUUCCGUCAUCGCCGCCACGUCCAGCUCAUCUACGAGUACCACCACGACGCCGGCCUGUGUUGACAAAGUGAACUCCCGCACCGGUGUCUCUGAUUGCCCUGCCCGUGUUGCCGCCGGAUACUGCACUAGGAAGUACUACAAGACGCUGAUGAAGCAGCAGUGCCGUCUGUCGUGCGGCUACUGCACCUCCACCUCCAGCUCAUCCAACUCUACCUGCGCUGACCUCACCAACCCUUCCACCGGGGUGUCCGACUGCACGAGGCUGUCCUACCUCUGCUCCGUCUCGGCCUACUCGAGCGUGAUGGCCGUUCAGUGCCGCAGCACCUGCGGCUACUGC